UAGCUGGGUCCAGCAGUGUCUUCCCCGUAGUUAAGACACUGUGUUGCUGGUAAGGUUUUGUUUCUGCUUUUUAUUGAGAUAGUUGGUCAGGCCAGGUGACACAGGAACCCAGGAGAGCUCAGGGAAGCAGGGCUGAUAUUCCCACAAGUGGCACUCAGAGGUCUGGUGGACCCUGUGGGGCCACAUGGAUGGCAUGAGGUUGUCAGGAGGCAGAGGUCGGGGGCUUUUGACAGUGGAGAGGAAGGAGGGUGAGCACCUGAGUGGUCUCUGAAGGGUGUGGCUGUCACCCAAGUGCCUCAGAAAGGGAAAGGGGAACCAGUCCCUGGCCCCUGCGGACAGUGAGGUGGCUCCAGGCUGCGAAGCUCCUGCUUCCUGGGCACUGGUCUCCACCAUGGAAAGGGCGCUGCCUCCCCACCCUGGAAGGCCUUCGGGAAGUCAGAUCGUCCUAACACAGACAGCACGGAACCCAGCCUCCCCGAGCUUCUCUAACCUCAUCUCUUUUCCCCCAGGCCUCUGCAGCGUGGCGUACUUCUUUGCCACAGGAGAGCUCCUCUGGGCGUGGCUGGCCCUCUCUGUCCUCCUGCCAGGCCUCCUGGUCCAGGGCCUGAGCUACCUGUGGUUCAGGGCUGAUGGGCAGCAGAGUGGGCACUGGCUGGUGCUGCCCCACCUCCUGCAGCUUGGCCUCUGGAAGCGGCACUGGGACACCUUGGCUGCCCUUCGGAGAGGACGGCAGGGCCCCCACCCAGUCCGCCUACAGCUGCAGGAGGCCGAGCUGGCAGCCCUACGGCUCCUGGAGGCCCUGCUGCAGAGCAGCCCCCACCUGCUGCUGCAGACCUACAUCUGGGUGGCCUCUGGCUUCACAGUGGCAGGGGUCAGUGCACUGCUGUCCUGGUCCUCGCUGUCCUGGGCCCUCGUUUCCUACACCUGUGUCUUAGAUGCCAUGAAGCCGGGCUGCCAGGCUGUGUCCUGGGCAGCCCUUUUCUGCCAGCAGCUGUGGCGGAUGGGCAUGUUGGGGACCCGAGUCCUGAGCCUGGUUCUGUUCUGCAGAGUUUACCAAGUUUGGGUUGCAGUGGUUGGAGGUAUGCACUGGCUGGCGAUGACCUUCUGGCUCGUAGCCCAGCAGAGUGACAUCGUUGAUAGCACCUGCCACUGGAGGCUCUUCAACCUGCUGGUGGGGGCUGUGUACAUCCUCUGCUACGUCAACUUCUGGGACAGCCCUUCCGGGAGCAGGAUGCUCAGCUUCUACUUGGUCAUGCUGCUGGAAAACAUCAUCCUUUUGCUGUUGGCCACAGACUCUGCCCAGUGGCUUUCGUGGAUCGGAAUGUGCACGAUAGUAGGGGUGCUGUCUGGAUUUCUGAUUGGCAGCAUCUCGAUGAUCAUUUAUUACAGCCUUCUACACCCAGAGUCCCCAGACAUCCGGCAGGGCUUCGUGGCAAAGUGCUGUGGCUCGGCAGACGGAAAGUCUCCAGCUGUGGAGAGGCCAGGGAGUACAGGCUCACACCUCGCCGAGAGCUACGAGCUGCCGAGUCCAGAGAAGCCCCCCAGCCCAGAGCCGGGGCCCCCGGGGCUAUGGUUUGGGGACCAGAGUCCAGGGGACAUCCCUUCCCUCAGCCCCCACCACUGGCUGCUGGUAAAACUCGCUCUAAAAACCGGAAGUGUGCCCAAGAUCCACGCCGCCUUCAGAGGAGACAGGCCUGCCUGCUCUACCGUGGCAUGGGGGUCAAACCAGCUCUGUGAACUACAGCAGACGCCCCUGUCCUCCCCACAAGAUGCUUCCACCCUGGAGGAGGGCCCCCAGUUGCAAGAUGCUCCCAAAGCAGAAGCAGACUCCCUGGAAACCUCAAGUUAUGUCUCUCUCACCAGCGGCCACCAGGAUAGUGCAGAUGCCCAGGGCCCAACAGCAUCACAGGGCAAGGGUGGCCCAGGAGAGGGGAUGGAGGUGGGUCUCAGCACUCAGUGCAGGGGUUCAGGUGGGCAGCUGGGAGGGCAGGAGGGGCAGCAGAGCAUGACACUGUACUUCAGUGCCACCACACAAGAAGCCACAUUCUCACCUCAGAUGGACAGCCCUCCAAGUCCCCAGGUGUCACACCCCGGGAGAGGGCAGCAGAUUGGUCCUGCCCAGCCGGCCUCACCUCAGCCAGAUGCCCAGCCCUUUGCCUGCACCAUGGUGGACAUCAGCCCCAUCCUUGGCAGGGGUCUGGACAGACACUUCCUUCCCAGUGCAGGCCCCCCAGAUGCAGCCCCAGGUGGCCAGGAUGGUGAGAACCUUAGCCGCCCUGUUCCUGAAGACACUCGGGCAUCCCUGCAGAGGUGCGGUCUGAGAGCUGUGGGGCAGCCCUGCCUGACCUCCACCCCGAAGUCGGAGCCGAGCCCUCAGGGCUGCAGCCACAAAGGCAGGCGGAAGCAGGAGGUCAGCCUCUUCAUCUGACUACACCCCGCCGGCCACAAUGUCCAGUCCAGCCUGCCACCUCUGCCUCUCGGCCCUCGACAGCACAUCCAAAGGCUGAGCAAGUAGGAACGGACGAGUCUUGAAUCCCCGCCAACAGUCACAUAGGCUUGCACAGGUGAGACAAGAGCACAAGGCCACGGUCCUGACAAGGGCUUCCCUGCCUGCCCUCAGGGGCCGGACGAAGUACCUUCGCUGCAGUGAAUUUUGAAAGCUCACAGUUCAGUCAGGCAAACCCUUCUGGGAGUGGAUGACACCCACACAGUCAGGGACCUGGCCUCCCCUCCUCUCGCUGCUGGCCUCUGGUUGUCCCCAGCCCCUCCCAGUCUCUCCUCCCUGAAGGGUACCUUGUCCCCAAGAGCAGAAAGCUGGACUACACGUGUUCCCACCACUGCUGUUUCCACCACAGGCAGGAAAACCCGCCACCAUGGGAACUGUGGGACAGGAGGGUGGACUCCCAUGGAUACCAGCUGGUGAGCAGCGCGGGCCAGCACCUGCAAGCACUGCAGAAGGAAUUCACUUCUGAGGCUUCCAGGAUGACCACAGGACAAAGCCUCAGAGGGUCUUUUGGGCCGAGGUCCUGGAAGAAGCAUCCCCUACACUGUCCUCCAAGUGCCUCACUGGCCACAGGUGUGCACAUACAUGCACACACACACUCACACUUACCUGAAGCUGGAGAGCCAGAAGCUGUCACCCUGGCUGUGAGGGCAGCGCCCACUUCCAGGCAUAGGGUGAGGCAGGGUCCUGGGCAGACCAUCCACAGCCAGGACACUCAGGGCCUUGGCCUCAGCCCCAUGUGGUCCAGCAUGCAUCCACUCCACGCACUCACCGUUCACACAGGUGGCUAAGCUAUGUGAUACACCCCCAGGUCCUGCUGCCUGCUGGGCAGUCUCCACAGUGGGCGCUUCUGUAGGAAGCAGGGAACCAGGUGGAGAGUCGCUCCCUCCCCACCUAUGCCAGCAAAAGGAAGAGUCACAGGGCAUCCCUAGGUACCGGGUCACUCCUGCUGUCUUUACAGGUGGCCACAUGGCCUCAGGUGCACAGAGGGCUUUCAUGGUGGGAAAGAACCCACAGGACUCUGGGCUCCAGCCAUCAUCUAUGGGGUGGGGCCUUCGGGGAGCAGCUCAAAGUAACAUCUACUCACCCCAAGAUCCACGCCAGGCUGGGUCAGGAGUGUCCUCCUCCAGGCAGGCAGGGAAUUCCACAUGGUGCCACCCUGCCCAGGUCCUAGCACCUGCCUGGGCAGGGACCACACUCCUCCCAGGGAAGCGGGGCUGGAGCAAGGAACCCAGGCCAGAGCUUCACUGCACUGGGCUUCAGGUCCUAGGAUUCCUCACAGCAAGAGGAGCUAAGUCAGUUCUCAGGGCUCCAAGAUGAUAAAUCAAGAAAUGGAGAUGGGACCAAAAACUGCAGAGUACCUCCGUGUUUUUAGAUGUAUUACAGUAAGAGACACACACGCUGUCACCCCCAGUGUGCCCCUCAGGAGACACCGCGGUCCCAUCUGUCCUUCAUGCUCAAGCUGGUCAAGGCUGCUUUCCUGAGUCUGCUGUUGGCAUAGGGCUGGCGGCCUCCACGUUAUUCUGACUUGGGGAAAAGCCAGACCCAGAUCUAGUGACCAGGACCUGCCCGCCUUCCAGUGGGCAGCACUGGGCAGCCGCGUUCGUCGUAUGUGGCUCAAAACUCGCAGAAAUGCUGCGGAAAGAGGACGCCGAACCGCGUCAGAAAGUGGCCAGAACGGUGGGGUGAGUGUCUUCUGAAAGGCUCUUGCCCUAGUAUAAAUCACUGACCAGCUCUGGUGAUGGUCUAACAUGGAAGGCCAAGGCAGAACGCUUGCCCUGACAGCCACUCCUUCCUCCCCUUCAGUCCAAAUUGUUACUUUCCCGUUUGCCCGCGAAGACAACGCCAAUCAGGCCCUUACACGUCAUCAACGCUCACCCCACGUACCACUUCCGGUCACACAACCUUCUGCCUGGCUGCAUCCCUCCAGAGGGCGAAAGCCAAACCCUUCGGGCUGUGAGCUCUUCUCCAUGUCCCCAAAUAAAUGGCCAUUUUCACUC